CCGAUACCGAGUCUCUCAAAACCCCAGUGUGGUAGCCAGGCUGACAACAUGACUGCACUGGAGGAGAAGUGGGAAGAGUGGGGAUCCGAAGGCAUGUUUCGCGGAAUGCAUGAAGAAGUUGUUCUCUUGAGCCAUCAAGGCGAUGUCAAGGUCCUAAACUGCGACAACGAGGUCAUCCUCAAGGUUGGAAGCAGAGUUCGUCCUUCUGAGGAAAUUGCUAUGCGCCUUGUGAAAGAGCAAACUGAUAUCCCUGUUCCGGAGAUCUUCCUUGCCGCCUACGUUGGUGAAGAAGGUCGACUGGCGAUGAGCGUCAUUCCUGGCGCUCCACUGACGGAAGCUUGGGAUAGUCUGGAUGAUACAACAAAGAACCGCAUAUGUGUGGAAACUUGGUCAAUGAUUGAAAAACUUCGUCAGAUCAGAAAGCCUGCCACACUGCAACACCACUUCCUCUGUCUUGCUGAUGGUUCACCCUGUAUCAAUGACCCCAUGGUGGCUGGAAUUUGCUGCGCAGACCCUCCACAUCCUCCACUCCUUAAUGAUGAUGCUGUUCGCGCCCGCAUCUAUAAAUGUUACUACGCAGCAAAUGGUCGAAAGUAUGAAAAGGAGCUACCAAGCAUGCUUCCUCGCUCUGAUACCUCUGUUUUCUCACAUGUAGACAUUGGACCGCACAACAUCAUGUUUGAUCCAGAGUCGCUCCAGAUAACUGGGAUCAUUGACUGGGAGAUGGCAGGGUGGUACCCAGAUUAUUGGGAGUAUUCCAGCAUCAUGAGGCCUGCUAGAUGGAAAGAUUGGCAGAAAUGGAUGGACCUGACAGCCCCGAAGAAAUACGACCUGAGUGCCCUACUUCUUCUUGAAAACCGACCUUUGAGUCCACGACGACAUUACGCGUUCCUCUUUGGAGAGCGAGCAAUAGGUAGCGUGGCGUCAAAGAGAACGGCUGCAGGUUCAAGGCUCCAAAACGAGCAGCUGACUGACCCACGGGAAAGUCUUCCACCUAGCAUGCUUGAUGAGGGGCCUAGAAACAGGCGUUCCAUGCACGAACCGCUGGAAGCAGAAGCUAGUGUGCUGGACCUGCUGGAGCAGAUUAUUUAUGAGUUAGAGACAACAGCACCUAUGGAAGCUGGAGCAAGACCAUUGGAAGGCGAUCAGAAAAGUUUCUUCCAGGAAGAACUCGAACAAGGGCAGUCACACUUUGACCGGUUUGACUGGGUUCAUCAAGAACAGAAUGCUCAACUUGAGUCAGAACGAGAGCAACCUGAACAGGAGGCUCAACCCCGAACCAGGACCAUCACUAUUACAGGUAAUCCUCGGCAAGAAGAACUCCGCCAAAAGGCCCGAGGCCUACCAGGACAGGGAUAUACUCCUAGUGACCUACUUGAAAACCGGCCGUUGGAAAUCAGCACACUCGACAAUGUCCCGCGACCGGAUCAACUAGAGCAGGCAUUCCGUGAGCAACUGCACAGGGCCCGUGAAGAACAGGAGGCCCUAGAGCUAGAACUAGAGCAAGAGCGGCUUGAACAGGAGCUCAAUGUCUCACAGUGUGAGAUUUUGUCUCAGCUAGAAUCAUCACCGCAGCAGCAUCACGUGGAGUCUUCCUCCGAGCCCAAGACAGGCCUAAAGCAUGGAAGUUCCGUGCAAGAAGAAGCGGACCAACUGACCCCUGACCCACAAGGACAAGAAGAAUCCAUGAGCGGCCGGACUGGAAAGCCGUCAUUGGAAAUCAAUACACACGUCCAACCAGAGCAAGAGAUCAAGCAAGUGAGAGAUAUUCAUUCACAUGCAAAACGUCCAGUGACUCAGUUCGACUUCCAAAACUUAGAAGCUGGAUCUGAGGGAGAUUUCGGUAAUCGGGAUGGCAACAGCUCCAACAUACUGCCUGCUGGUCAGCGCACUGGACAGUUCACUACUAAAAGAAUUGAAUUUUCCUUCUGGUGCUUCGAGCGCGAGCAGUGGAAAAAGACAGACAGCCUAACAGUAGAUCCUCUGCGGCCCUCACUGGUUGAGCGAAUAGCUAGAAAGUACAUGUGGAAGAACUUCUCUUUAUAUGAUCAACAUAUGAAUAGUCUUAGUCCUGCCCAGUGCUUCCGAGCUGCAACAGAGGAUGGAAACAACGCAGUUUUCGUGAUCUCAGCAGAAAAAGAAAGGAAACCGGCAGCAGAAGGGAGAUUUAGUAGGAAAAAUCUCCUGGAUUCAGUGCCUAUAAGAUUGGACAUAAAGUCCGAGUCUGAACAUGAACAGACUGCUAAGCAGCUGUAA